AAUGUUGGAACUUGAGUUUUAAAACAAAGUUUAUUAUGUUUUUUAUAAUUAACUUAGUAAAAUAUCGCCAUAUACAACCACUUACUCGUGUAGAAAAUGUUAACUCAAAUGAUUUAAUUGUAAAUCUUAAUUCAAUAUCAAUAUUGUUUUCGAAUGACGUGUAAUGUUUCCAACGGUGGACUCCGAAGAUAUAUCGCAGGUCACGUCAUUAAAAGAAAAACCGAGCGUUUCUAGCGAUGUGCGAGACUCGUCUGAAAAUUCUUCAGAUACUCAACAAAACCAUAACAGGGAUAUAACUAUCAAUAUGUUGAUAAAGGAAAUGGUCUUUUGCAUUGCCCUGGCAUUGACAACUUAUGGAGCUCUUCAUAACACGCCGUCAAAAGUUUCAAAACAUCCACAAGCAAUGAGGUUCUUCAAUUCAGGAUCAGUAGUGACAGAUUGGUACAGAGGGCAGCUGGGCAAUGCUUUGGCUGCAGUAAACCUUGCUGAUGUAUCUUUCAUAAUGUACUAUGCCCCUUGGGAUGCAGAAUCACAAUUUGUUAGAGGAGAGUUUGAAUUAGCUGCUAAUGUUUUGAAAGAUAGAGUUCAUUUUUCAGCCAUCAAUUGCUGGAAUCCAGGUAGUGAAUGUAGAUUGCAACAUAAUAAAAUACCAUCAUGGCCUAUUCUGAUGGCAUAUACAGUUAACUCUAGAGGGGUUCUUUAUAAAGGUCCUAAAGAUGCACAUAGUAUGGUUAACUUUUUGGAAUUGAUUAUGAAGCCCCUAGUAAGAAUAUCUUCAACUGAAGAUCUAGUUCAUUAUUUAUCUAUUCAUGAUGCUGUGGCAGUGGGUUAUACACCAUUAAGUGAUACAUCCAGAUAUUACAACACAUGGUACAAUGUGGCCCUAAAAUCACGGGAGUUUGAUACAGUGGGGGAGAUAUGUUUUGCUGUUGUAACAUCUGCAGAUCUAGCUGCGGAUUUAGGUGUUGGGAAUCUGCCUAACGCCCGUCUCAUGCUUUGGAAUGAAACAAAGGAAUUUAAAAUAGAGAACAACAACAAUACAUGGAAUGAAUCGACUCUCAUGCAUUGGGUGUUAGAGAAUUUUGCACAGCCAGUAGCAAGAAUAAUUCCACUGUGGAAGAAGUCAUUCAAUUUCGAAAGAUAUGCAGAUGGCAGUCCAAUGUUGAUAUUAUUUACACCUCUUAAUCCAUUGUAUGAACAAUUACCUUCAUAUACAUUGCUACGGGAAGUCGCAAUGGAAUACUAUAAUUGUAAGAAUAAUGAUAGCAAUCAAUGGAUUACUGAAUUAAUAAAACUACAACAAGUACAAAGACUGAUAUAUCAGCAAAAGGAUCAUUUACAAUUUUGUGAAAACCAUAAGUUUAAGUCAAUAAGAAAACCAAGCAAAUUGUAUAAGAAAGAAAUUGUGUCCAACAAUAACAAAUAUCCUUGGAACAAUGUAACGCAAAAAAAUCAGAAAAGUGGUGUCUUUGAUUUUAUAAUUAAGCAAGGUUUAGCUGUAUCAAAAAUUAUGCAAAGUGCAACUGAUGAUUUACCGAUGUUGUCCUCUUUGGACUUACUAAAUGAAUGCAGUACAAAGUUCCUACCAGCGGAGAAGAGUUUCUAUGAAAACUAUGAAAAAUGUCAGAAGUUUGAAGAGAAUGUCAACAAAGAACUAGAUGUAGAAACAGAACAAUCAAACAUUGAAACAACAAUGUUGCCAGAUGAAGACGAUCCUCUUUCCACGGAAAAUUUAAUAGAGGACCAUUUGAAGCAUACAUGUCGAUUGCUGAAGUUUGCUCAACAGCUGAGCCCCGCUGUACGACCUGCUAGAGUCAGAGGCAACAUCACCCAUAUAGACGGUCUCUCCUGUGCUACCAAUGCCAGUUUGUACAUGAUCGCCCUCGACUCGGUUCACAAUCAUCACUUUGCUGAAGCAUUGGGCAUUGACGUUAUCAAUAUGAAGGAUAUGACCGCUGUUGUUAUAUUAGAUAGUAAGGCCGGCAACCAAUAUGUACUUAAAGAAGAAUACAGUGCGAAGUCGGUGCGUGAUUUUAUAUCGAAGUUCAGUGAGCGAGGUCUCAGGGCCACGUUGCGGUCUCACGUCGCGGCUGCGCACACGCACUACUACGGCUCCAGUACGGACCUGCAGCUCGGUGAAGUUAUCAAUAUCACUGAUCUCACAUCUCGUACAUUCAAGAAGUUUAUUACAGCACCGGGCACGGUGAAGUUGGUGUGUGUGUGCCUGGGUUCGUGUGGUGCGCACGUGAGCCGCGCACUGCUGGGAGCUGCGCGGUUGCUAAGAGCGUGCGGAGUGCGCGCUCGCCCCGCCCGCCUGGACGCCGCGCGACACGACCUGCCCGCUACCUACGACGUGCACCAUCUCCCCGCCCUCCUCGUAUUCCUUGCUGACGGCAAAGGCGGUGCGGAGAGCCGGAGCUACCCGGUGAGUGCGCGCGUGUCUGUGAGCGGACUGACGGCGCUCGCGAUGCGCUCGCUCGGCGCACCGCAACAUCUCACCGUACGACUCGCGCUCUGCUCGCAACAUGCAAAUUUGGAAAAGAAGUCGUGUCUUAGAGAUAUUAGGGAACAAACAACAACCAUGAUAGGUAGAAAUUUAAAAUAUUGGCGUAGAACUGACGUCAGAGAGCUGAAGGAUUCCUUUUACAAAAGACUGCAACAUUUAAACCAGGUGUCUUUACAUCUGAGCCUGCUUCAUACGUCUGAUCUCGAGGAAAAUAAUCCAAAACAAAUUUCACUUAUCAAUUCCAUUAGAGAACUAACCAAAGUCUGGGAACUCGAUAUGUCGAUGUUAAGAAAAAAUGCCGCCGCCGCUACAAGAUGAUAUUAGAUAGAUAUUGUAAAUAGUGUAUAUUUGAUCAUUUUGUAUCAAUCGAAACAUGUUGUUAAUAUUUAAAAUAUCAAAGAAUUAUUAUAAUGUUGAUA